AUGAGUGAACAAGAUCCUAUUCUGUCGUACCAGCCAGACUACACGUCGUUGCAGGAGCCGGAUGAGAUUCCUUUUCCAUCUACAAGAGACAGUGCGGUGUCGCUGCCGUCACCGGGUGGUGGGUUCCGGACUCCAUUGACUCCCUACGGCAAGAGAGCAAAGUCUUUCUCGGGAUUCCAGGACGGCAUGGGUCAGCCGCUCGUGGCCUCAAGUGUCACUAAUCCGGCAAGUCACGACCGGCGCGUUAGUGCACUGCUGAAUCUAGACCAGUUGUACAAGAGAAUGGAGACGGUCCGGAAUAUGAGGUCUGUCAACCUGAUCGGCAAAAGUCCACAGCUGUUUGCGUGGUCCACGUGCUACUACACGGACAGACAGCUCAAGAGCAUCAAAAACCGCAAACUCGUAUCUUUUUACCGAGCUCAGAACGAAUACAUCGAGAGAUACACCGCGGUGGACAAUCUACUGGACUCGGGCAUCCACAUUUCGAUGCUUGAGCACUAUAACACGUCCAAUUUAGAUGAGGAAGACGAGUACGCGCGUGCACCAGCGGAUAUCGACUUGGAAGGAGGCAAAAUCCUCGGCUACAACAUUGAAAAUGACGGAGCCAUUGUGGAUUUUGCUAUCAAGGUGAAUUUCGCGAUCAACGUUGUUCUGUUGCUCGCCAAAGUUGUUGUGGUGUACUACACGAGGUCCAUGUCGAUAAUAGCGUCGCUCGUGGACUCGGCGCUCGAUUUCCUGUCCACGAUGGUGAUAUUCUUCUCGAACAAGUAUGCUUCUUCGCAAUCUACCCGGUUUCCGAUUGGCAGAAAGAGACUCGAGCCGCUCGGAGUUUUGGUGCUCUCGGUGAUUAUCAUUUUAUCGUUCUUGCAGGUGCUCGAGGAGGCCGUUAAUAGGCUAUUUAGCGAGGACACCGAGGUUGUUGAGCUUAGUGCUCUUUCGACGGAGAUAAUGGGCUUCACCAUUGCUGCAAAAGUCAUAUGUUUCAUAUGGUGCAUCCAGAUCCCAAAUUCGUCUGUUCAAGCCUUGGCAGAAGACGCGCGAACCGACGUUGUGUUUAAUGUGUUUUCCAUCUUAUUCCCGUUUGUUGGUGUUUUGCUUCGGUGGUGGUGGUUCGAUUCGGUCGGGGCAGUUGUCCUGUGUUUUUACGUGGUUGUGCAGUGGUGUUUGAUUGCGUUGGAACACAUUAAUAAUCUCACCGGCGCGAACGCGUCGCAACAAGAUUACCAGGAGAUUCUGUAUCUGAUUGUGCGGUUCAGUGAAAAUAUUUCAGGAGUCAAGAAUUUCAGAACGUAUCACGUCGGUGACCUCCUCAACGUGGAAGUGGACAUUAUUAUUCAGAACGCGACCUUGACAAUGCGCGAUUGCCACGAUCUUGCUGAAUCGCUUCAGUACACCAUCGAAACGCUACCGGCGGUCGAGCGUGCAUUUGUGCAUAUAGAUUACCGCGUCCGCAAUUACAAGGGCCACCUCAAUUGA